UACACAGUACAGUAGCUUUUGAUUCUAUUUAAAUGGCCUUUGCGUAGGAAGUCACAUACAAGUGUAUGAUGUGUGAAGUGUUUCCUUCCCCUCUCACAAACAUCUUUGCUUCGCAUAUUCUCCUUCAUAAGCUUAUAGCAUCAUAUCUAUAAAUGUUUUUCUUGAAAAUUAGUGUCUUUUGAAGUCCAGGCGUAGGAUUUUCUCACUUGGCCUGAAAUUUGCAAGCUGUCUUUGUUCCCAGAAAGCCCGAAAUAAUGGUGGAUAACUUGGAAUUCCUUUUUUCCAUCAAUAUUUCCAGCUAACCAAGCAGAAAUCGUUGCUUUCUGUCAUCAAUUUGUAGAUUCAUACUUUCAGCUACCCUUCCUUCCAUUCUUUCACGAAAAAGUUACAAUUUUCUGGGAAAUUUCCAUCGUUUUGCCGUUGUCUGUUUGAAAUGUAUGUCUGAAUUUUGGGUUGUGAUCUGCUGGUAAAAUAAAAGAUUGAGGUUUCCGUUUUCGACUCUUAAGUACUAAGUGGGUGAAAAAGUAAGCUGCCAUCGAAGCAAGCAAAAGAUGUAUAACGGAGCAGAUUGUUGUAUCCCGAUGCCAAAUGGCAAGGAUGAUCAGAACAAAAAGGGCUGGAAAUUUUACACCUUCUUCGUUGGGUCAAUUGUGUUUUCGUGCAUUAUUUUUGGGCUUUUAAUCGCUAGCUUAAAAGUGGAUAGAUUGCAAAAUUGUAAGAUUUGGGAUUUCGAAUUAUGGAAAUGGUGUGUGUUACUAUUGGUUGUUCUGUGCGGACUGACUGUGUACCUGUUCCUACUUGCUGUGGAGUCGUUGAUUAUUGAGAAGUUCCUUUCCGAGGUUGUGGUUUAUUACUUUCAUGGAUUAAAGAAGAGUGUUUUGGUUUUUAUUUGUCUGGCUUUGGUCUUUUUAGCUUGGGGUUUGCUGUUUGAUCGUGGGGAUAAUAAGCAAAACGAGGAUAAAAAGAAGACUGUAAAUGUUGCUACUAGAGGUAUUGGCGGUUGUCUCAUUGGAGCUGCUCUAUGGUUAUUCAAAACUUUGUCAGUUAAUCUUGCAGCUUCUUUCCAUAUGAAGAAUUUGUUUGAGAAAAUUAAAGCGGCAGACCGUAGUCGUAAGAUCUUUGAAUCCAUUUCAAUGAAGGAAAAGCCCGAAGGCGGCACAAUGAAGUACACAACAACAGAGUUAUUUGAUGCGAUUCGGAAUAAAAAGCUGCCUAAUCUCUGCUAUGAGGAAGAAGAAAUCACAGAUGAGAACAGAGCAGCGAAUGCUGCUAAUGAGAUUUUCAAGAAAUUUGAACGUGGUGAUGAUGAAAGAUACAUUGACAAGAAAGACUUACUGGAAUACAUACCUGCUGAUGAGGACGAUUAUAAGCAUUUCAAGGCAGUUGCAGAGAAAAAACAGGACGGAAGUGAACAGAUCAAGAGAUCAGUUUUCAGGAGUUGGGUGGUUUCAUUUUACAACAGCUAUGACUCUGUGAACAGCGCCUUGAAACAAAGGAAAACGGCUGUUGACGAGUUGGACAAAUUGGCUUCCGUGAUUGCGGUUGUUGUUAUCAUUAUAGGGUGGUUGCUUUUCAUGGAAUAUUUAAGCACCAAAGUACUCGUCUUCAUAUCUUCUCAAUUCCUACUUGUAGUUUUCAUGUUUGGAAACACUGCCAAGACUAUAUUUGAAGCCAUCGUGUUCGUAUUUAUCAUGCACCCCUUUGAUGUUGGCGAUCGGUGUGUUAUUGAUGGUAUACAGAUGAUUGUUGACGAGAUGGAAAUACUAAAGACGACCUUUCUGAAAUAUGAUAAUGAAAAGAUAUACUAUCCGAAUUCAGUUUUAGCUACCAAACCAAUUAGCAACUUAUACAGGAGUCCAUCAAUGUGGGAUUCUUUCGAAUUUGCUAUUGAUCUUCAUACUUCAAAGGAGAAAAUUAAGAAUUUACAAGAUCGCAUCAAAGAGUACAUGGAGGGCAAUCCCAGGCGCUGGAGUCCUGCUAGUCACAGCCUGCAGUUCAAGGAGAUAGAGGAUAUGAAUAAAUUGAAAGUGGCUCUCUAUUUCAAACACACCAUAAACUUUCAUGAUGUUGGAAAGAGGUGCAAACGAAGAUCCGAGCUUGUCUUGAGGAUGAAAGAAAUUUUUGAAAAUCUUGAUAUUAAAUAUUAUCCAUUGCCUCAAGAAGUUCAGAUUGGGAAAUAG